AUGGGUGCUAUAGUAGAUACAUACCCUAUUGAUGAUUCCUAUGCACUAUUCUUGUGGAUUGGAACUCCAGUUCAAAUUGCGUUUGUUCAAAUGGACCUAGGGAGCCCAAUCACUUGGACCCAAUGUGACCCUUGUAGCAAUUGUUACCCAAUGCAACGCUCUCCCUUCAAUACCAAAGAAUCAAGUACUUUCAGAGAACUUGGUUGUUACUCUGAGACAUGCUUGGACCCAAGGAUGAAGGAGCUUUUGGGAAAUUGCACCUCAUGGACAUGUAGGUAUAAUGUGAAUUAUGGUAAGGAAUCUAGCUCCUUUGGAACUAUGGUAAUUGACACAUUAAAUUUUGAGCGUUCUAAUAAUGAAUUGAAGGGAUUCAUAAUGGGGUGUGGUGAUUCUUAUGAGGGCCCAUAUAGGGCCCAAUUCUCAGGUGUUUUGGGCCUUGGAAGGGGCCCACUUUCUUUGCAAAGCCAACUCAAUGCAAAGGCGUUCUCUUUUUGCCUUGUGAAUUUUGGAUCACAAACAGCCUCAACACUUGAGUUUUAUGAUAGGGCACCACAAAUAGAUAAACAUGACAAUUCCAUCAUCAUGGUCCCUUUGAGAGAAAAUAGUGGGUACCCUAAUUAUUACUUUUUGCAAUUUGUUGGUAUAAGCAUUAAUGGGUUUAUGCUAGAUGUGAAAUCUAGUGUUUGGGGCUAUGGUCUUAAUUAUGAUGGUGGGGUUAUCUUGGAUAUAGGAUCAAUCGCAACAUAUUUACCUAGUGAAGCAUAUAAUGUGUUCAAGUUAGAGAUACGAAAAGUUGAUCACAACCUUACAAGGGAGCAAGCACAUGAAGACCUAGAACUUUGUUAUAAGGAUGAUUCAUUUAAUGUGUAUCCUUCAAUUGCAUUGCACUUUGAAAAUGGCAAUGUUGCAGGUGAAAAUUUUGUGUCCUUCAACAUGAACAAUGACCAAAUGUUGUUAAGGGUAGACGAAGGUACGGUUUGCCUAUCAUUUGUAGAAGGAAAAGAUUCUAAUCUUACAGUUAUUGGCAGUAACCAACUUCAAGGAACACAACUAAUGAUUGAUCUAGUUAAAGAGAUCCUUGUCUUCAUACAUAACAAGUGCUAA